GUUUCGGGUGUCUAUACAAUGUCCGGAGCUGUGGGCCGUGAGGCGGUUUUCCCGACCCGCCAGUCGCUCGGGUUGAUGAAGAGUAAACUCAAAGGUGCGGAGACCGGCCACAGUUUACUAAAAAGAAAGAGCGAGGCUUUAACAAAGCGUUUCCGAGAGAUAACCAGGCGAAUUGAUGAGGCCAAACAGAAGAUGGGCAGGGUGAUGCAGGUUGCUGCAUUCUCCCUUGCGGAAGUGAGCUACGCUGUCGGUGGUGACAUCGGCUACCAAGUCCAGGAGUCCGCCAAACAGGCGCGGUUUCGAGUGCGAGCGAAGCAGGAUAACGUUUCCGGAGUAUUGUUACCACACUUCGAGAGUUAUACGGAAGAAUCAAUCAAUGACUUUGGCUUGACUGGUCUUGGGAAAGGAGGACAGCAGGUGCAGCGCUGCCGCGAGACAUAUGCUCGCGCAGUCGAAACCCUGGUGGAACUUGCCAGUUUGCAGACGGCAUUUGUUAUUUUGGAUGAAGUGAUCAAGGUUGUUAACCGAAGAGCAUGUAAUCAUCCCGCGCACCGAAAACACCAUCAAAUACAUCAAUUCCGAACUCGACGAGCUCGACAGGGAGGAGUUCUACCGACUCAAGAAAGUCUCAGGCAAGAAGCAAAGAGACGUUGCAGCAGCCGAUGCUGAAAUCCAAGCGGCACGCGAGAGGGAGGCUCAGAAGCAAUUAGGCGCCGCCCCUGAAACCCCAGACGUGCCCGACGUUCUCGGAGAGCAAGAAGACAACGACGUCAUUUUCUAGCCUGUUGAUUCCCUUUCCUUAUAUGUAGUGUACUUCCUUCUGGCAUAUGGAUGUUUCCC